UGAAGAUGGAUAUUUUUAAAAUACAUCUAAAUUGCUACUUACCAAUUAUUUGGAUAUUAAUAAAUCUACAAAGGGGCUCCACAUUAGAAUCGUGGCAGGAACCACAUUUUCUUAAUCCUCACACUGAUGGCAUAUAUUGGACAACAAAUAACAACUCUACGGCAAGUGUUCAAAAAAUAAAUGUUAGAGAAGAACUGAGCGUUCCGUAUAAGUUAGCUAAAAUCAACUAUAAUGGCACUACAGGAAUGCCGGCAUUGGGUGCGUUUGAUAUUGGUGACAACAGCCUUUUAGGAGCUCGAAUUAACUUUACGGAAAAUGAAUGGUACAUUAUUAUCGAAAAACGGCAGGACUUUGAGAAUCCCCUUCAACGUAUAUAUUUCUUUCAAAUAUACCUAAAAGAUUCCGUGGAAGCCAACUCAGUAGAGCAAAGUAUUUUUAUUACCCUAGAGAAUAUAUUUGACAAUAAGCCUACAGUAACAUAUGGACCAUCGCCCUGCAGAGCUGAGGAACUGCGUUCAAAUUAUCUUACAGACUGCAUAUUUACCAUUUAUGAUCCAGAUGGCAUGGAUCGCAAUGCUUUACGAAUUGAAGUCCAAGGAGAGAUGCAUUCCAUAUUCAAAUUUCAAGUCCAUGGUGAAACUACGACUCACGAGAAGCAAUAUAAAUUAAAAAUUUCAGAAGAGUUGCAUUAUGACGAAAAGGCUAUUUACAAUUUAGAUGUGCGGGUCCAUGAUGCGAACAACAAUACGGGUGAAAUAUUUGCUAUAUUGGAGGUUAUAGAUUUGCCAAAUCGUGACCCCAUAUGGGUAAGACCACUAACAACGGCAACUUUUAAUGAAAAAACUGAGCAAAUGUUUCUACUAAAAGCAAUUGAUGGUGACACUGGUAUAAAUAGGCCCAUAUGCUAUCGCUUGGAGUUUGAAGAGGAUUAUUCGAAUGUGAUUGCUGUUAAUUCCACUACAGGAGUUCUAAAUGUCAGACCCAUUGAUCGAGAUGUUUUGCAUCAACAGAUAUUCAGUUUUUACUCCUGUGCAUAUAAAUGCGAUAACUCUUCAUGGAUGAUUUGCAAUUCGACCAUACUUAUCGUUCAGGAUAUUAAUGAUCAUAUACCGGAAAUAUCGUUGACGCCACAAACAGUGCAAAUAUUAGAAGGGAAAUAUAUAACAGUGCCUUUGGAACAAUUUCAUGUGGAUGACAUGGAUUUGGGAUCCAAUGCCACUUACAAUGUUUUCUUCAGCAACCAUAAUCAAACCACGAUGUAUGCCAAUGCUUUCGCAAUGGUACCUAAUAGCGGUUAUCAAAGAACAGAAUUUUCUCUAACUGUGACGCAAGCUGAUAGACUAGAUUAUGAAAAUGAAAAUUGGAGAUCAUUUGACUUGAAAAUUUCAGCAGAAGAAAUUGAAAAUUCAGAGCAUAGAAAUGAAGUAACUCUUCGCAUAGAAUUGAUUAAUUGGAAUGAUGAAAGACCUGAGUUCAAAUUUGAUACAUUCGAGAUGGAAUUGUAUGAGAAUGCAACAAAAGAUACUGAAUUAAUUCGUAUAGAAGCCAUGGAUAUGGACAUCAAUGACCGUGUGGUACAUUCUAUUGUAGGAAAUUUUGAUGGUCUAACAAUCGAUCCAGCCAAUGGUUUAAUAACUCUAAGUGAGAACAAUGUUUUCGAUUAUGAACGCCAAUCUUUUAUAAUGCUACAAAUCCAAGCCAAGGAUACACUGACUACAGCUCAUAGUCAAGAUCUACAUACUUCAUUUGCCCAGUUGUUGAUCAAAAUUUUAGAUAUCAAUGAUGAGACACCGGAAUUAAGAAUGCCACGCUUUGUUGUAAACGUUACCGAAAAUUCCAAGCCAUCAACACUGAUAACUGACAAAAUUGAAGCUAGAGAUCCUGAUACUACAGCAAGAUUAAAAUUCGAUAUUCUUUGGUCUAUGUCGUAUGCUACAAAGGCUGGCCAAGAGGUUGACAGCUCCAUGUUUAUGAAAUGUUUUGUUCUACAAACGGAAUCGGUGACCAAUAAUCUGGCAUUUGGACAUUUGAAAAUUAAUGAAAGAUUCCGGCACAAAGUUGAUUAUGAACAAUAUGAUACGAUAUUUUUGACUGUACGUGUAAGGGAUGUCAAUCAGGAGAUAGGUGAAAACUCUUCUUUAGCUGUAUUGACUAUACGCGUAGACGAUCUAAACGAUAAUGCCCCACAAUUUGUAGUAGGAACUCUACAAGAGGCCCGCGUAGUUACAGAAAUGGGGGAAAUAUUGAGCACAAUAGGAACUAUUGAAGCUUUCGAUUUAGAUGGACCCGGAAAUAAUGAAAUACAUUUUGAAAUAAAGCCCCUGGGAAAUCUAACAUCUCCUGGCUUGAUUCACAUCAAUGAGACAACCGGACUAUUAAGAGUUGCUGAUGUGAUACAGUGUGAUAUUCCAAAAAUAUAUUAUCUCGAAUAUGUUGUUACACUAAGCGAUGGCAUAAACACAUCCCCCGGAAAGAUUAACAUUUCUAUAAUAGACAUAAACAAUCAAGUGCCACAAAUUGAUGAUUUCGAGCAUCAAGUGUUUAUAUAUGAAAAUGCCACAACUGGUCAAGUUGUAGGCCAAGUAAGAGCCUAUGACAAUGACAGAGAUAGUCCUCAUAAUACUUUAGAAUACUCGAUUAACAGUGCAUUUACAGACCUCCAUGACCUGUUCCAAAUCAACACUUCAACUGGAGAAGUGAAAGUGCAUUUACGCAAUGGAUUCUAUUUGGAUCGAGAUAUGGGAGUGUCAUAUCAUUACAUACCCAUUGACAUAAGGGAUAACUUCAAUUUCAUAAAUGCUGUAUAUGGCCCUGUAAAUCAAAAGUCCACCUAUUUGAAUUUAACACUGUUGGAUGUAAAUGAUAAUGCACCAGUAAUGCCCGAUUCAAAGCUGAUAGUCUUUGAAUUUUCGGAAGCUGAUAAAAAGAAUACAUAUGGCAAAAUUGAUUUGGUCGCAACAGAUAUGGAUGAGGAAAAUACUCCAAACUCACAGUUUAUCUAUAGAAUACUUUCCUUGGAGCCAGUACGGGACAACAAUCCAUUGUUACCUUCCUACGAUGGUCUUUUUAACAUAAUAACUUUCAAUCAUCGUUUUGGUAAAUUGAAAAUCAGUGAAUCUCUUAAAGGCUUCUAUGGCCUUUGGCUUAUCGAAAUUCAAGCCUCCGAUAAGGGUUUGCCCAGUUUGAAAAAUUCUUCAAAAUAUGAACUCAACAUUAGACCUCACAACUUCCAUGCUCCCCAAGUGCUUUAUCCAAUAGAACAGAAAGCUAUCAGGAUCUGCUACUCUCUACAAGAACCACUACGUCCAUUGUACGAAGCUGAUUGCACUACUCGAAUAAAGCAAUUUCAAGUAUAUGAUCCAGAUGGUGGGGAAUAUGGUGAUGUACAUUUUGAACUAAGCAGUGAUGUCGGCCAUGACCAGUACUUUCAGCUGUCAAAAGAAACUCGUAAUACAACAAAUUUGUUUGUGAAAAAUGUCAUGUCAUCUGGCAUAUAUUUGAUAAACCUACGUGCUAUUGAUGGCGGUGGUAGUACAUCUGCGAUAUUAAAAAAUCUCAAGAUCGUAUUUGUUGAUAUGUUAGGCAAUCCAAUGUUCAUGGAAACAACUUUUAAUACCACAUUCACAGAAAAUGAGGAUGGUUUGUUGGAAGAACGUUUUAUUCCAAUGGCACAUGACCCUAAGAACGAAGGUUUGGACGAUUCUGAUGAGUUCUAUGAAUUAUAUUAUUUUAUAGAUGAAACAUCGUAUCCGGAAAAUUCUGAAUGCUUUGAGCUAAAUUCUGUUACAAGACAAUUGAAACUAAUAAAACCUUUGGAUCGUGAAACCGUAGACCAUCUUACCAUACAAAUAAAAGUUUCAAACAAUGAAAAUGGUCUAAUAACUAAUCCCAAUAGUAUUAAUUACACCCUCAACGUCCAUAUACAAGUCAAUGAUGUUAAUGACAAUGCUCCCAAAUUUUUCCAAAACCUCUAUGCUGCGGGGUUGACGUCAAAAGAUACAGUAAACAAAGCUAUUUUAACACUGAAAGCUGAAGAUCCAGAUUUAGAUGAUCAACUCAGUUUUUUAGUCGCUGUAGAGUCUUAUGAAAGUCAUGGAGCAAAUAUGGUUCAAAAUUUCGCUGAUAUUUUUUCACUAGAUCAGAAGACGGGUGUUUUGAGUUUAACCUCAUAUGUCUCAAAUGAUAUGCAGGGCUAUAUGAUGUUCAAUGUUAUGGCCUUGGAUUUGGUGGGUCACCAAGAUGUGGCUUCUGUAAAAGUUUUUAUUGUAUCCGAAAAUAAUCGAGUAAAGUUUGUUUUCCUCAGUCCCAUCGAAGUUAUACGAAGACAUGAACAAUAUCUUCGUGAAACAUUCCAAGGGCUUUAUGGCUAUGAGAUCUGCAAUAUUGAUGCCGUGGACGAUAUUACCAAUAGUCAAUCCAAAGAAACACGACAAUCAAUAAAUGGUGCCACAGCCUUCAUUACCGAAGUGAAAGCACAUUUUAUCCACAACAACGAGGCAGUGGAUGCAUACGACAUUAAGAAGAGAUCAAAUGAUUUGGCAUUCAUUUCGCGUCUACAAAAUGCUCUUCAGACUUACAAUCUCAUACUUUACGAUAUACCCCAUGUGGAGCCUGUAAAAGAAUCUCCCCUGGUGGCAAACUGGCUAAUGACAAGUCUUGUUGGCUUGAGUGCUGUCCUUGGAACUUCAUUUUUAAUCAUGAUGACUUUAUAUAUUAUAAAGGUGCGAUCUCUAAAAAAACAACUUAAGGCUUUUGAUCCAACAGAAUUUGGUUCAGUAGCUUCAAAUUUGAACAGAAUUGCAGGAACUGCAACAAAUAUAUUUUCCAUUGAAGGAUCGAAUCCGGUAUAUCACAAGCAAACAGAGGAAACAUUAGCACCUCGGGCAGGAGUCUUUGAUGCAGAGUCAAGUACGGAUUCCGAGGAAGAUGAAUUCGAUGGUCUGCACGAUGACCCUUUAUUUGAAAUGAAUAAUAUGAACAAAAUAGAGGAAAGGCCCUCAGGAAAUUUAGAGCACAAAAUUCUCAACAAUGAAUUUUUCACCAAGGAUAAAGAGUCUAACAAUGAUUUGAAACAAUUCUAAUAAGAACUUGAAAAAUAAAUAUAUAUGUAUCAUAUAACACUACUGUAUACAAUACAAACAAUAAAAAAAAAACA